GGCCCGGCCGGCGGGGGAUGGAGGUGGCGGCGGAGCGCUGGAUGGACCGAGCCCUGCGCAUGGCUAAAGAAGCAUUGGAAAAUGGGGAAGUUCCUGUUGGCUGCCUUAUGGUCUACAACAAUGAGAUCCUAGGAAAGGGGAGGAAUGAGGUGAAUGAAACUAAGAAUGCUACUCGACAUGCAGAAAUGGUAGCAAUCGAUCAGGUCCUAGACUGGUGUCAUCAACACGACAAGGAUCCCGCGGAAGUGUUUGCGCACACAGUGUUGUAUGUAACUGUAGAACCUUGUAUCAUGUGUGCAGCUGCCCUGCGCUUGAUGAAAAUCCCACUGGUUGUGUAUGGCUGUCAAAAUGAGCGAUUUGGAGGUUGUGGGUCAGUUUUGAACAUCUCCUCUGCUAACUUAACAGACACUGGGGAACCAUUUCAGUGCAUUGCUGGUUAUCGAGCUGAAGAAGCAGUGGACAUGUUAAAAACCUUCUACAGACAAGAAAAUCCAAAUGCACCGAAAUCAAAAGUACGGAAAAAGGAAUGCAAUAAGUGAUAGUCCUCUACUGAUGGAAAACUGAAAGAUAACAAAAUAAUGAUUUGUGGAAAAAGAUCUCUUCGGUGUUCCCUUUGAUACAGCAUUUGGAAGAGAGAUUAGACUUCUAAGGAUACAAAAGUCAAAAUCACGGUACAAUUAAAUAUUUUCUACAAUUAGAGUAAUGUUGAAAAAGUAGAAUUUUUUGUUUUUGAUGGUAAAAUAAAGAAACUCAUUUG